CGACGCGAGGCAGUAGGCGCCCGGCCGCCGUAUGGGGAGCACGUUAUUUGGUGUUGUGUGACCAUUAUCGCCAUAACCUCACCGCGCUGCUACUCUACUAUAUAGCUGGUAGACAGUGUGUGUACGUUCUCAAGAUAUUUCAAUAAGGUACGGAGCGUUAAAGUCAGCUUUAUUAGGUUUCCUCCAAAAUAAAUACAGAUAAAGUAAUCACACAAAAAACAAGAUGGCGGCAUUCGUAGCAAAGCAGAUGGUGGGAAACAAGUUGAGCGCAGUUAAAGGCGCAGUUGGUGGUGACGGCGAUGACAGCGACGACAAGGAGAAGGAAGAAGAAGCGGAACGUGAACGGCAGGAGGCCAUCCGUGAAGCUGAGGAGAGACGCAAGGAGAAACAUCGCAAGAUGGAGGAAGAGAGGGAGAAGAUGCGACAGGAGAUUAGGGAUAAGUAUAAAAUCCCAAAGAAAGAGGAAAUGGUUGAGCAACAGCAACAGGAGCCAGACAACCCUCUGAUGAGGAAGAAAAAAACUCCCGAGGAGUUGGCUGCUGAAGCGGAACUCGAAGAUCAGGACGAGUUCACAAAAUUGAAGAACACCAUCGAGACCCAGGUGAACGAGCUGAAGUCGCAGAUUGAGAGCAAAUGCGUGAUGCAGUGAGCAUCGCGGCCGAGGCUGAUCAUUCCGUCACAUCACACACACACAGUACUAACCCUCAGAACCAUUUCGCUCAAACAUUUCGUAGGAGAGAUUUGAAUUCUAAAUUAUUUCGGACGUAGUUGGCUAGUGGCGCGUUGGUGCUUGAUAAUAAGCAAUAAUAUUUUUAUACAUUCAUAAUAAAGAGCCCCGACACAACCGCGGUUGAUGCGUUAGGUCAAAAAGUCAUCGCUGCUGCGAUCAGACAUUAGGAUAACCUGUUUUAUAUGUUAACGCUUGUGAUAUAUUGUUAUUUAAGUGUAAAGAUGAAAAUUUUAAUACAACUUACGGUAUAAAUAGCGCGAAUAAUUUAAGAAGUCUUGCACGCGUCUAAUUCUGCUCUCUCUUCCCCUUGGACUCCGACUUACAUUAAAAUAACAAUGUAUUCGAUUGUAAUAUUUGUUUCAUCCAAAUUCCCCUCGACCCGGUUGGCACUUGGCAGCCGGCAGUUGGCAGUUGGCACUGGGUGUGGCUUGCGCUCUUCGAUCUUCUCUCUCAGCUCUUCGACUUUGCCUCUAAAUCUUUUGCAUGCUCGCUUAUGCAAUGCGUACGGAUCGUGUCAAGUAUUCCGUUAGGAUAGUAUACCUUAUCGACCUAGCCUUAAAGUCCACAUCGAAAUUGUAAUUCAUAGUUAACAAUAUUGUUGUUAUCGAGCGUGACUCGCUGAUGUUCGUUGUCAUUUUGUUCUUGCAUGUCUAAUAUAAGAUCAAUGUUCGUUUAGUAUAUAAUAUUGUAGAUACGACACCUUGUUGUUCCGUUUGUCAGUUAGAGUAGUUGACGCGAAUCUAAUGUUUAUCGAUGUUUUAUGCUUAGAGUAAAGUUAAUGUUGUGCGAGUAAAUUUUUCGAGCGAUUGGUGUCGUACGUUUAUGAAGAUCCGCCAGCCUAUUGUCCGUUUUGAAACAACUGUAUACGGAAAACUUAAUCAAUGAGUUGUAUUGCGGAUGGGAAUGCAGGUUAACGAAUUGUAGAAUGGAUAAUUGUUCGAAUAUUAGACUCCACUAAGCUGCAAAUGCAAAAGAUUUGUUAUCGUCAAAAGCUGUGAUAUAAGAAUAAAAUAAACUAACGCUGUGCGCCCGACGCGGCCCGACCGCUCGCGCCCUUCCAUUCUCGUACAUUAGCUCUUACGUAUUUCCCUUUUUGAUCUUUCACUAAAAUACUAUGAUCAUCUUCGAAAAGCACACUUCAACAUAAUUACGCUCUCAUAGCAAAGCUUGAAAAAUUAUUGCCACCUUCAUCAUUUAUACUUUCAGGUCAAUUAUAACUACCUUUGCAAAACUCUAUUCCAUAUACACCCCAAUGUAAAUAUGAAUCAAUAAUUUCUGAUUCUGUAUAAAGUUAUAUUUUCAGAUAAGAUACCUAUUUCUCGCAAUAUAUUUUCUUAGCUUACUUCAAUAGGCCUCGCUAACACUUCUAGCCACUCAUUAAACUCACAAUCAUCCGAUCAGGUCAAGCGGCCGGUCUCUAUAAGCUAUUUAAAACUUCACAAUCUCUAAUAAUUAAGAUAAAAGUUAAAUCUUCACCGUGUACGUGUGUUAGGCUAGGUUAAUCAUAUAUUGUAAUAGUUCUAUGUAUGCGCAUGACAGAUUAGCUAAACGGUUGUUCGUAGAUAUUUGGGAUAUACAAUAAUAAGCGUAAGAUUCCAACUCGUCUGUUUUUAAAUGAUUUUGGCAUGACCAAUUUUGAAAUUAACGUUUGGAUACAGAGCUCGAGUACUGAAUAUCUGAAAACGAAUCCAUUUUUCACUAACUCUGCCAAUAAAUACAAGUUACUGAAAUGGUGACAUGAAUUUUAAUUUCUUAAAUUGACUCGCUUGAACAUUGGCUUAGCAGCUCGCUGCCAAUGUUUUAUUAUGCAUAUGAAAUUCAAACUACGAUCGAUCAAUACUUUGACCAGUUACUUUCAUGUUACCAAUCAUGACUAAUGUUUUCAGAUCCUAACAGCUCAGCCUACGAAAUUUGUACACGUCUUAACCUUCUUCUUUCCUCUCUACCUUUCGCCUGUAGAACUAUAAUCUUCGUUGUUGGCUCUCACUACGUAGAUAUAGUUGGUUAGAGAAUUAUUUUGAUACGUAGCGAGUUUUAGAUGUAAUGUAUAUUAAUAAAUUAGCUAACUGUCACUAAUUUCAAAAAGCUUGACCGUCGCGUGUGGCUGCAUGGAAUUUUAAAGCUCUGAAAGUGUGACGUGUCGUUUUCUCUCAUUUGUCUUUCUUACACGUUUCAAAUAUCCACAGAUUAUGAGUAGACGCUUUUAAAGCAACUGUAUGUAAGUAAGCUUUAGAUGUUUGGUGUAUAGCAACGUAUAACGAGUGGUUACGGUAAGGUAAAUGAUUGCUUCGAAACGCGAAGGAAUUUGGGUGAUAUCAAAUGGUUGUCGCAUGAUUUUUUAUUCGAUUUCACUUGUAUUAAGCUACUAUGUAUAUAAUUAACCGAUUUCACACACUCACAACCUAAAGUCUUUCAAGGUAACUACUUAAUUUUCAUUUGAUUAAACAUGUUUUAUAUAAACGAGGUUUAUACAAGGUAGAUACGUAGUAUAGAAAUAGUUAUACAUUAUUUUAUAAAUUCCGUGAGAAUUUGACUUAUUUAUUACAUUUGUAGCAUAAUUUUUAAGACCUUAAGUGAUUUGACCAAUUUCUGACUUUUCCAAAACAAAACCAGUUGAGUGAUUGAUCUUAUGACUUUUAUACUCAGGGUAAUGUUACUAUUGUUGUUUUUAUAUUAAAUCUGUUUACAUUCUUUAGUAGGUGUGACUUUUUGGCUUUGCGGUGCCAAUAUCUACCGUCUUUUUAAACAACCUUGCUUUACUAUGCUCGCAGUUUCCUAAUGUAUGCGGUUAUUAGAUAGCCGUUAGUACUUACAAACUUAUAAACGGCGGAUAGAUUCGUUUUCAAGAAAGACUAAUAAAGUUGUAUAUGGUAUAUAUAAUAACGUGCUUAUCAAAAUGUUUUGGUAGUAAAUAUAAAAGUUAACCUGACUGAAAUCUUUACAGCCGUCGUCGUAUUAAUAAAUUAAUUUAACAUCUGCCAGAAAUAUCUUAUUUCAAUAUGCGUGUCUGAAAUUCCCAGUAUAAAAUAAAAAACCUUAUGAAUAAACAUACAUAUAUUGCAAUUAUUAAUUAUUCCAACGAUGAAAUAAAAGGCGUAAUAAAACUAUACGCGAUUUAAAAAUCAGUUAACAAAAAGCAAAAACUUAGUAAGUAGACAACUUAGAGACAACGACACUUCGUACCACACUAACACAAGAGCUUCAACACACAGUAUUAAUUGAUUGUUAGAUAAAUUUAUAUAUUUUGUAGACUUUUCCGAAUAGUAUAGAAAUAAUUUUGAAGAUCAAGGAACUGAUGUUCAAAUGCCACAGACUGCAAAAACUGCGCUUUGAAUAAUAUUUUUAACAAAAUUAUAAUGUCUAUAUUGUCCGUAAAAGUCUUUGUUUGUAUUUAUUUAAGAAAAAAUUUCAUAGAUGAUAUUUUAAAUAGGAUUUUACGUGAAGGCAUGUACAGUUCGACGAGCCCUUUAGUUCUUGCUGCCCUUGAAAAUAAUAUUGAAACAACUUUGAGGACUCGCUCGUACCUUGUACCUGCUUCACUUGUUCACAUAGGAUAGUUAUUUGGCCAAUUUAAGAUCACCUAGUGCGUUAGCUUUUAAUAUUAGUGACAUCUAGUGUUAAAAUUGCAAGUUUAUGGAAGUUAAAACUAAAUAUUUAAAAAGUUGUGUAUAACAAAAUGUAAUUGAAUAAAUCGUAAUCCAUUAAUCAAGUAUGAACUUGGUUCAUAAGCAUGUUGUAUUGUUAUUAUAAAGAGAAGUUUGUAGUUUAUCCACGAUUAAUUAACUUAGAGUAAUGGAGGAAAACGAAAAAGGUUAUUGUUGAAAAUGUUUUUAGGUAAAUAAAUCGGAUUGAGCUUUUGUGAAAACCUUGUUGUUACUAAUAAGUUCUCAUUUUCCGAGCUCGGCCGACAGACUGCCAUUCUGAGGUCUUGCAACUAAUUAGUUCCAAUUUAAACUGUCUCUACUAUCACUUACGUAGUUUCGUACUAGAAUAGGCUUUUUCGCUACUUAUUGAUUUAUAUCUAACUGUUGCAAUGCAUUGUUAAAUUUAUUUACUCCUUAUUAGUUAUGUAUAAAGUUUAGAGGUAGCCAUUUUCAUAUUAACUUUCUGUGAGUGUGAAAGUGGUGUAUCUACCAUGUUGUUAAAUAAUAAAUAAACUACAUUGUACCACCA